GAGCUUAUCAGAACUAAAGGUUGCAUCACACAACAAACUCGCAUUGCGCUUGAACUCAGUUCCCGUUUGGCAAGUCUCAAUUGAAUCAACAAACAUUCGUGCGUGAGUUGAAACCAACACACACACACACACACCAGAACCCGUUUCGCACUCGCCAAUCGCGCAGUGUUAUUUUUGGACGACGAUCACCGGCGAGUUUUUCAAGACGCAUAGCAGUACAAAAUGGGCCAAAAGCUGUCCCGCCAGGAGCAACGGGCCGCGGACAUCCGGGAAUCGCUGCUGUGGCACCGGGACCAUCGACCACCCGACUGGGGCUCCCAGUGGCGUUCGGAGGCCGUCCACCGGGGUGUGAUCCGGAACAACGACCGACGAUCCGCUGAGGAUCAGUGCUGUUGCUGGAGUUGCUGCUGUGGCGGCUGUUUUGGACCGUUGAUUUCGCUCGGAGUGCUGCUUGUGCUGGCGUGGUAUGUCUGGUCCCGGGCACUGCAAGCUGGCCAACAGAUGGUGAGCGAUUUUCCCGGAUUGGGACCUGGUCGGCAUUGCGGAGGGAAUGCGACGGCGACGUCGGUGGUGCGUGCGGUUAAUUGUACUCUGAGUUUCUACAGUAUGUUUACGCAAACGAUGGCGCAGGUGUGGAACGGGAUGGCGGUGGAGAUGAAGUGAGGUGGUUUCGUGAUAUUGAGUUUUGCAUUAUUUGUAAACAGUAGUUGUGUAGAAAUAAAGAUGAAACGUGCUAUUUGGAAUUUUGUCCUAUAGUCAAAAUUGACAA